AAGCCUAGCCGCAUGUCCUGGUUUGUCGUUCGCGGGUCGUGAUCAUGCAGUCUUGAUAUCGCCGGGACGGUCGGACGUGAGGUUGAGCAGGACUGAGGUUUCGUAGAUCUACGCUGCAUUCUUCGUGUGCCAACCUGAGCUUAGACAGCUUUAGCAUUUAGGAACAUUGCCAUACAAAAUUAAUUUCAUAGCAGACCGAUCUGCGAAGGCGAGCUCGGUUGAACUGCCUUUCGCCUAGCUGUAUUUGGCUGUAGUCGAGUCAGUAUCGCGCUUGAAGAAACUAAGUUGAAGUGGUGUCCCGGCUCCGUGUGAAGGUGAUGUGGUGAAGGAUCCAUUCGACCAACAAGGGGCGCUGGGUCUGCAAUUUUCGUAACAGUUACUUUCGAAAAAUUCUCCUCGAGUCAUUCAAGCUACCGAAUCCGCGGAUCGGAUAUUGGACCUCAACGACGCAGUUCAAGCACAUCGUCUCUCCCCACGGUCGAUCGGGUAGGCAGCGGACCUUCGAGUGGUCGAGUUUCGGAAGGGUCGAUCUCUAGAUACAUCUAUCCGGCGAUAACGGUUUGACUGCGCCGGGCCGUAAACUCCGACGGUAAUGAUGAAGUCUUGGUGCAGGAAGGCCCUCCCCGCGCUGUUGGCGCUCCUGGUGUGCGGUACUGCCGUGAUCAAUGGACAAGGUUCGUGUCCGCCGUCAGACCACUGUCUGUGCACGGCUUCGCUGAUGAACUGCGACCCUAGCGCACUGGGUGGCCGAGGCUGGGUGUAUAAUCGCACCAUGCCCUCGCCGAUCUCCGCCACUGUACAAACCCUAAUUGUCACCGGCAAUGAUCUCACCACUCUGCUGGCAGAGGAGUUGCGCAAUGCGACGGGACUAACUAAGCUACAAGUUGAUAAUAAUCGACUCAAGUAUCUUUCUGUAGAUACAUUCAAGUACCAGAGAUCCUUGCAGGAGCUGGACCUCAGCAACAACCAUCUGCGUACAUUGCCACUGGGUAUCUUUGCAAACAUGACUUCAUUGACCUCGCUGUCAUUACACAGCAACUGGAUCAGUACACUUCCAGCGGAGGGGGUUGAUCACGUGUUCUCAGACUUAGUCCUUACCACACUCAAGAAAAUAACGUUGCAUGGCAAUUCGCUGCACUGCGAUUGCACGCUGCAGUGGCUACCGAACUACGCCACCACACUGGUAGCAGCCGGCAUUCUCGAUCAACCGGGGCAAGUCCAGUGUCAGUUGCCGGCCCGUGUUACAGGUGUCGCUCUGACGCAGCUUGAGACGCUCACCCCUCGUCUAGUCUAUAAUUGCACUCAGCCAGCUAUUGUAUCGGCGCCUGUCGAGUCUGUUGUCAACAGUACUACAUCUGUGACACUGUCAUGCGCAACAAGUGGCUCACCAGUCCCCGAGGUCGCAUGGUACCAAGACAAUGCCCGAGUGGAUAUCGACUACUAUCGGCUCAACCUAGCGCAGGACGGCUCUCUCGUCAUAUCCGAUUCACGGCAUUCGGACGAGGGCAACUACCACUGCAACGUCACCAAUGAGAAGGGCUUUGCCGCUAGCGGCGUGGCCUUUCUCAAAGUCGAUGAGGUGACGUGCUUCAAUCAAGCUGUCGGUGGCGAUGAAACAGACAUGGACUGCGGAGGACCACUGUGCAACCCUUGUGCACUGACACAGAAAUGCCUCGCGGAUCGAGAUUGUGUAGACAGCUCCGUUUGCCUUGGCUCACACCAGCUGACCUCCAGUCUGCUCUAUGUGUCGUCAGCCAAUGACCGUUAUCUGACAUGCGCUCCCAAUGAAGAGCCCGGUACGACUCUGCUACAGCGACUCAGGGCAUCGCUGCGUGGACGUGACAAUCCGCUGGAGGGUAUCAACGGUACGGAGGAUCUCGCUGCAUUGGUUCAGGAACUGCACGGAGAGAUCAUCACACAGCUUGAGGUACCUCGUUCCUACAUCAGCAAUGUUCGAUUGGAGGCACAAGCACGUCAUCGCAGACCACUGUACAAGUUGCGCUUCUCAAUGUCAUCAAGCGGUGCAGUCAUGACCAAGACAUCAUUGGAACGACAGCUUCAUCGAGGCCAGCUUCACGGUACGGUGGCAUACAGCGGCACAGGGAACAGCGAAGUGCAGCUCGUCUUCUAGUUCAUCACACACUGCCAGCCAGUGAAUGGCACACGUGUGGGCAACGUUUUUCUUUGCUACGAGCCAUCGUGACUGUAAAGCAAACUCGCCAUCCAGUGGAUCAGGACUAUUAAUGACGACGCCCUCGUCGAGGGUUGAUUUAGCCAAGCACUGAAUGAUGGAGGUGUAGGACACUUUGUUGUUCAUAUCAUAGCUCUGUAGUACACUUUCUAGCAGAAUGUACACCUAUGCUAGAUAGUGCGUUGCAAAUUAAACCCAACCGCCAGCACUUGUGUAUCAAAACGAUUACUCUUGUAUUGAAGUAAGCACUUCGUCAACUGACUUUAGAAAGCCAUGGGUGAUUUCAAUGCCAUUUGAGUAUGCAAAUUCUUGUCACAUGUACCACGAGACCUAGUAAUUCCACCCACAAUGCUGACGAAACCCGUACUCUGUAUGGGUUGAUUCUAGUGCAACGCCAGAAUAAGUCUGUCGAUACAGAGUGUUUAGCCGCACCAUACCAUAGUACUGUAGUAGAUAAUAUUCUUGAUGCAUGAUACACACAUUGAUACACUGAUUGAUACUGACAUUGAUACACACAUUGAUACUGACAAGCCCUUGCUGUCAGGCUGGAUAGCGUUAUUUCUGUCUGAAGCUUAACAUUUAUUACAACUCAUCACAUUGAAUGACAAAGGUCUCUUCUCGAUCUGACUGCACCAGCCAGCAGAGAAUGUUGGACUACAACUUUUUCUUUUCUUGUUAUUGAGCAUCAUUCUCAUCCCCCCCAAUGAAUACCUUGGUGUUUCAACCGCUUCAUAUCGUCAUGAUACUUGCAUGCUGAAGAGCCAGUCUGCAUGUGAAUCCUUUUGUCAUGCACACAGCAAUUGUACUAUUCUUUGGGUAUACUGUAAAACAAGGCUUGCUCGUUCA